AUGGCUUCCGCUUCGCGCAGAUCGGCUCACCAUGCGCCUCGUGCAACCAGAGCGAAACCUACCAUUUCUUACGCCGAACCAUCGUCCUCCUCUUCCGAUGAUGAUGAUGAUGAUGAUUCCGAAGAAGAAAGCGCAGACUCGAAUCACAGAUCGAACACUAGGCGCAGUCCUAGGAAAAGGCAAACCCACCAUCAUGAACGACCCAGCCGGUUGCGACAGUUUCGAGAGCAGCAACCUUCGGAGGACGAACCACAACAACUGCAACAGCCUGCCCUGAAGAAACAAAAACGAUCCAGAACCACGUCCGCGAGAGUAACGAGAUCUUCAAAACCUAAAAAGCGGUCCAAGACUUCAAGGCCAGCAGAUGCAAUUUCGUGGAACACCGUUAUCCCCUCCGGCGUCAUUCCACCAUGGCAGACACUUCCAUAUCAAGUCCUGCUUCAGAUCUUUGAAUAUACCGCAGGUCCUUUAUACGACAUCAACUCAUUCCAACCGUCACUCUCACAGCGAUUACUUUUGGACAUGUCAAGAAUGUGUCGCGCCUUUGCUGAACCAGCGCUGACUGUGCUUUAUAAGUCACCGCUGUUGAUUCCAAUGAUCCACGCGCACCAGUUGGUCGAUGCUAUCAAAGCAGAUCCAGCGUCUCGCUCUCUCAACUACAGACGUAAGAUCAAGUCACUUUGCAUAAAUGUCGGUCAAGUCGCUGCAUAUACACUUCCAGGAUAUGGGCUUCUUGAUCUUUACAGCCUGAUCAAAGACUUGCCUCUUCUGGCGGACCUGGAACUGUACCACCAAAAAGACAUGUCACCGUUCAGAGAUUUGGAGUCAACCAUCAAAUGGACGUAUCCUCAAAAUAUAUUCGAUGCAUUGGAGUACUUCGAUCAAGAUGCGGAUGCAUCGAAAGGAGAAAAGACAAGCGUUUGCAGAUUACGAAGUUGGCGGUGGUCCUCUAGACUCGCAGGAAAGACAUGGCCAAUUGACAAGCUUAUCAAGGUACAUCUUAAACCAUCAUUCUCUGGACUUCGGAAGCUGGCUAUUGUGAAUUACCAAAUACCAAACUCCAGCAAGAAUGAGGAGGACCCAGGACAUGAGAUCAUCCUCGCGGAUUCAUUGAAGCCAUUAAAGAAUCUGGAUCAUCUGAUCCUUGAGUCAUCAACCCUGGUUAACAGCAAGUUACUUCCAAUGCUACCUAAAACCCUCCGCCGUCUAGAGAUCACAAAUUGUUGGGAGGUGAACGCAGAGGACCUUGCAGGAUUUCUUAGUACACAUGGCCGUCUGCUUCAAGAGCUUACGUUAAACCACAACACCUCUUUGAGCAUCUCGUUUUUAACAGUCCUCGGCACAGCUUGCCCUGACCUCGAAGUUUUCAGAAUGAAUCUCACCUACUAUAACAUACAUGCCACUUAUCACGAUUCCGAACCUGCUUUCGAACAAUUGUUGUAUCCGGGAGAAUUACCAACCUGGCCUUCGAAGCUACAGCUCAUCGAGCUCAUUCAAUUGCGUAAAUGGGAAACCGAGGCAGCGGAAAUGUUCUUUCAAAGCCUACUGGACAGUGCCGCCACGCUUCGUGAUCUUCGACAUUUGACUGUCCAAGCUAUCUUGAAUAUUGGCUGGCGGGAUCGCGCUUCAUUUCGAGAUAAGUGGUUAGGAGAUAUUGAACGGGUAUUCAAGCGAGUUACAACUUCUCCGAGAAACCAUGCUACCAUCAAACCUCGACUAAGCACAAUACCUAGCACUGUUAGCAUUCCAGAAGUAGCCAUCCCAGUCCGGGAAACAAAGGCGAACGUUAGCCAGCGACCAUCCAGCGUGUCAAGUCCAAGUUCUGUCAAUAACUCACUCUCCCAAGAAGUAACGUCGACUCGUCGCUCACAACGCUCCCGUGCUCAACCGACGAAACCCAAUGUUUACGUCGAAAGUUCAGACACCUCUGACGACGAAAAACAAGAGGAUGUUCCUUUCGCGCCCAAAGAUAGUACACGCCGUGGGAACGUGCUAUCGCGCGAACUCAACAUCCUCAAGCAAACUGCUGGAAUUGAUAGUCCGUUUGCCUGGCCAUCAUCUCCUGGAAAUAGUGAGAACAAGUCUUCGGAUAGCGACGAUGCACCGCUUCGACUUAAAAGUAAGAAUGUCGAUGCACAAGUUAUACAGGGAAUGUGUGAGGUAGUCGAUCUCAGAAUUGACAAUCUGAGACCUGCCGAGAGACAAGUCACCGAAGCUGAUUUUCUCGACGAGGAAGCACCUGGAGAUGAUGAUUGGAAUGGCGAGGAUAUUGAUGAAUAG